UUUGCCAAACUGCCAAUAGUGUGCUCCGGCACCAGCGGCGAUGGCCGAGAUCACAUCGAGAACCACCUAUGCUCUUCUCAUCAUCUUCUUCGCUUGUUGCCUCCUUCCUAGCGUUGUUCCCUUGUCCUUUGACUACCCAAGUUUCGGCUCAGAUGACCAGAGGGCCAUCAGAAUUGAAGGUGACGCCUCCUUCAGUGUCGGCCGCCUCGAUAUUAGCGUGAACGAAGUAGGUAGCAUCCAUGGGAGCAAAGGUCGUGUGUCGUACAGCGCACAGCCCAUGGUGCUCUGGGAUGAGCAAACGGGUGAAGUGGCAAGCUUCAGCACACGCUUCUCCUUUGUCAUCAAGGCAAAGAACAUCAGCAAAAAGGGGUGCGGCAUGGCAUUCUUCCUCGCAAGCUACCCGUCAAGCCUACCGACUGUGUCGUCGGCUUAUUACAACCUCGGCCUCACCAACCUAAGGGACGGCGCCGUAGCGACAGGCGACAGCCGGUUCGUGGCGGUGGAGUUCGACACCCUCAGUGAGGCCCAGGUAUCAGACCCCAACAGAACUUUGGAUCACAUCGGCAUUGACGUGAACUCGUUAAUAUCGGUGAAUACCUCAGACUUACCGAGCUUCAGCCUCGACGGGACCAUGAACGCCACAAUCCAGUAUGACAACAUCUCAAGUAUCAUGGCUGUGACACUAUUGCUUGGUGAUGGUCGAAAUUCGAACUACAGCGUUAGCUCCAAGGUUGAUCUCAAGAAUGCAUUGCCUGCGCAAGUCUCUAUUGGUUUCUCGGCGUCGACGGCAGCAUCCAUUGAGCUGCAUCAGCUUCUUUCUUGGCACUUCAACUCGUCGCUGGAACUUAAGACGGCACCGGUGGUAGCACCGCCUGUACAAUCAGCAGCCUCCUCGGGAACCUCCAGUUCCGGAGUUAUAGCGGGAGCUGCCGCUGGGGCAUCACUUUUCCUCGUGGCUCUCUUCACCGUUUCAGCCUUGCUGGUGCGUCGUCAUCGGAACAAGAAGAAGCAGGAGGCAGAGGGGAAGGAUAUGGACUCGGAAGGCGAGGUGGUCAUGGAGAUGGAGCUGGGGACGGGGCCAAAGAGGUUCCCGUAUCGGCAACUCGUCAAUGCGACAAGGAACUUCGCAGCAGAGGAGAAGCUCGGGCAAGGUGGCUUCGGUGCAGUGUACAGAGGCCACCUGAGGGAGCUUGGCCUCUCGGUGGCCAUAAAGCGGUUCUCCAAGGACUCUUCUAUGCAAGGGAGAAAGGAGUACUCGUCGGAGAUCAACGUCAUCAGCCGUCUGCGUCACCGGAAUCUGGUGCAGCUCCUCGGCUGGUGCGACAACCAUGACGAGCUCCUGCUGGUCUACGAGCUCAUGCCCAACCGCAGCCUCGACAUCCAUCUCCACGGCAAGGGCACCUUCUUGACAUGGGCAAUGAGGAUGAAGAUAGUGCUCGAUCUUGGCUCUUCGCUGCUCUACCUCCACGAGGAAUGGGACCAGUGUGUGGUGCACCGCGACAUCAAGCCGAGCAACGUGAUGCUGGACGAGUCCUUCGGCGCCAAGCUAGGCGACUUCGGGCUCGCGAGGUUCAUCGACCACACCGUCGGGCUGAAGACGAUGACCGUGGUAUCGGGGACGCCGGGCUACGUGGACCCGCAGUGCCUGAUCACAAGCCGUGCCAGCUCCGAGUCUGACAUAUACAGCUUCGGCGUGGUCCUGCUGGAGGUGGCGUGCGGGACGAAGCCGAUGAGCACGCUGGACAAGAAGAGAGGCGUCUUCCGGCUGGCGGAGUGGGUCUGGGACCUUUACGGCCAGGGAGGCGUUCUCGAAGCUGUCGACCAACGGCUGGACGGCCACUACGACAAAGCGGAGGCGGAGCGCGUGAUGGUCGUAGGGCUAUGGUGCGCGCACCCGGACCCGAGCGCGCGGCCAUCCAUCAGAACGGCCAUGGCCACGCUGCACUCGAAGGAUGCCAAGCAGCUGCCCUUGCUGCCGUCCAAGAUGCCCGUGCCGACCUAUGCGCCGCCAAUGGCCCCGUGGGACGGGCAGUCGUCGUCGUCUUCUGCAGGGAUGUCGACGUCCACCGUGACGCGAUCAUCAACGACGAGCGGCUUCACGGGGCCACAGCCAGUCGUGAUGCCCAGGGCCUGA